AUGGCGGAUUUCAAGGACCCGACCCCAGCCGAAGAGGCAGCAGCCCGCGCCAAAGAGACUUCCGAGCAAGCUGCUCUUCCGUACAAGUGGCAGCAGACCAUCGCCGAACUGAACGUCACAUUCACUGUCCCCGGAAAUAUCAAGUCUAAAGAUCUCGUCAUCGACAUCAAGAAGCAGAGCCUAUCUGCAGGUAUCAAGGGCCAAGACCCAGUCAUCAAGGGCGAGUUGCCUCAUGCCAUUCAUGUCGAUGACUCCACGUGGACGCUCUCUACCAACAGCGACGGCACAAAGACGGUUGAGAUGCAUUUCGACAAAGUCAACAAGAUGGAGUGGUGGGCCCAUGUCAUCACUUCGGCACCCAUGAUCGACGUGACCAAGAUCCAGCCCGAUUCAUCAAAGCUCUCUGACUUGGAUGGCGAGACGAGAGGAAUGGUCGAGAAGAUGAUGUACGAUCAGAGACAAAAGGAGCAGGGUCUGCCCAGCUCCGAUGAGCAAAAGAAGAUGGAUAUUUUGAAAAAGUUCCAGCAGCAGCAUCCGGAGAUGGAUUUCAGCAAGGCCAAGAUCCAAUGA